UAAGUUAUGAAUAUUUUAAUAUUUUGAUAGAUAAAAACGUUUAAUUGAGUCGGGGAAAUGGUGAACGGGACAACUUGUCAACCCAGCUAUACCCAUAAUGCAAUUUAAUCGACGUCAAUAUGGCGGAUGAACUUGAAAAUGAGUCAGCUGUCGCUCUUUUGGAAUUCAAGAACGGGCACAAAAUGUCCAGCCAAGAGCUCAAGGGGAUCAAAGUCAAGGAAGAGAUAAUGGACGAUGACGAGUACAGCGAAAUGGAAACAGAGGAAGAGAUACCAACACUUGGGCCAGCAGCAUUGGGAUUGCAAAGGGUCGGCACAAAACCAAAACCAAAACCACAGCCCACACAACCGAAACAAGUGCUUAAUGCCAGAGGUAUGCCUGCAAGGAUUCGAAAGAAAAAUAAGUUGUUUUAUGAUGACGAUAUUGUUAAUACUCCACAUCAUCGAGUACCCUCUGCCAAAAAACAAAAACCAUCUCCCACUAAAAAAAUUAAAACACCCACACCUAUUAAAAAAGAAGUAAAACCAAUGACACCCAAAAGGACACCUUAUAAAGAAAUUAGAACGCGUCCUACCACUACACCACCACUGCAGUCACCUGACAGGCAAAUAGGUCAGAAAAUUGGUUUACGAUUGAGAAACUUGUUAAAACUACCGAAAGCACACAAAUGGGUAUGUUAUGAGUGGUUUUACAGCAAUAUAGACAGAUGUUUAUUUGAGGGGGAGAACGACUUUAGUAUUUGUUUAAAAGAGUCUUUCCCAGAGCUCAAAACGCGUUUCCUUACAAGAGUAGAAUGGACAAAAAUCAGGAGAGAGAUGGGGAAACCCAGGAGAUGUUCGCAGGCAUUCUUUCAUGAAGAGAGACUGGAGUUGGAGAAGAAACGGAAAAAAAUCCGGGCACUGCAACAGAGAAAGGCCACUGACAUGUCCAGUUUUAAAGACUUACCGCCAGAAAUUCCAAUGCAGUUGGUCAUAGGCACUAAAGUGACGGCACGACUGAGGAAGCCACAAGAUGGAUUAUUCACUGGGAGCAUAGAUGCUGUGGACACAUCGAACAACACCUACAGGAUAACGUUUGAAAGACAAAGUUUGGGCACGCAUUCUGUACCCGAUUACGAAGUACUUUCGAACGAACCUCCUGAUACGAUAUCGACUUCCAGUUUUCAAAACAAAUUUCGGCCCAGGAAUGGUUUAACAACAUACACGCCGGUUAUUAAAAGUCCUAAUGUAUACAGUAAUUUGAAGAUCAGAAAUGAUCCCUUGUUGUCUGGGUCAAUGCUGAAUAAGCCUCAAUUCACUUCACAACCUGAAGGUAAAAUUGGUGGCUUUCCAGCAAGGUUGUUGGAAAAAAUGGUGUUGGUUACUAAGAUUCUAAAUGUUAAAAAGAACAGGAUUAAUCAGUUGAAAGCCAUGAACACAGAGGCGGAAACGUUAAUAUCUUUCAAUCAAGAAAUCCCGGACAUAUUCGAAAAAAAUUACGCAAGCACUCUCAUAGAUUUGGAGAAGUUGAAUACUGAUUUACAAGUGUACCUAGAACAAAUGCAGGAAUUAUGUCAUGAAAUUGCACUGGAACCUAGUGUUGCAGCUAUGUUGGCGCCAUCCCAUCUUAGAGAAAAAUGCAGAGAACAAGCGUCGGAAAUUGUUGAGAGACACAAUACAGUUAUGAGCCCUGAGAAAAAUCCUGUCACAAAUGAAUCAAUUUUAGAUUUAAUAACAGACUUCACAGCAUUAAUGUUGCAGGUGAAGAGUUUGGCUGAUUCAGAUCAGAAUGCGUAUGAAUUGCAGGUGCUCCAAGGCACAAUAGAGCAAAUUAAAAUGAAAUUGAGUCCAAACAAUCAACAGGUUUUCCAAAGAUGUGUUGAAGUCCAUAUGAAACACAUUGAAGUCGGUUUAGGACAAGGAAAUAUGGAAAAAUUGACGUUGGUCUCAAAAAUCUAACUCUUAUUGUACAUUUUUUGUGUAUUUUUAUUGAAAGAGUACUUUUAAUUUACAUCGGUAAUAUAUAUAUAUAUAUUAGUUUUUAGCAACAGUAAGUUGUGCAAUAUACACAUAUUUAUCUAUCUUAUUGAUUUAAUCAAUCUAUUAUUCCUUUAUACUAUGUUCUAUAUUAUAAUUUUAAGAAUAUCACUUUGCAAGGUUUUAAAAGUGUAAAUGUAAAUUUGUAUUUAUUAAAUAAAAUUUGUAUAUCUAAUGGGUUUAUUAUAGUGUUAAUAGAAUAUUUUUAUUGUGUGAAACAUUGUGUAACAUAAAUAUUGAAUUAAAAAGAGAGGUCUUUUUACAAAAAUAAAUGGAUAAAUAAAUUACUUCAAAUGGA